AUGCCGACACAGAAACCGGAACUUCCUCCACUGAAGACGCCCAAGUCAUUUACGUUCCCAUCGGAGAUCCAAGAUGAUCGCAAGGCCCUCAGCAUCGAAAUCAAACACGAGGAUAAUAGCAGCAGUGGGAGCGAAGGCUCUAUCCCAACCCCACUUGCUUAUACUGAAUUCCUGAGCGCUCUUACUCCCGUCUUCGAGAGUCCCAAAGGUUCUGCUGGCAGCUUUCCCAAGUUUUCAUUUGAGAAAAGCGGCCCGUCGCCGAUCUCCCAACCUUCCACCGCGACGAGUCCUGCAUUUUCUUCUGCGCCAUCUUUGAAAUCGCCAUCCGUUUCACUCCCACCACCGUCGCCCUGUAAUGUGAAGUCGCCUAGAAAUCCGCCCGCUCUCCGACGACUGCGCAUUCCUCAAUCGUUGAAGACGCUGUCUAUGAAGGACUCACCACGUACCGCGACCCCGUUGAGCGGGACACCGUACUCUGCAAACCCGUACUCUGCGAACCCAUACUCCACGACUCCACGGAGUACAACUUCCAGCUUCUGGGCAUCUUCGCCCAGAGAGUGGCAACUUCGAGGUCUGGAGCCCAGGAGUGCUACAACACCCAAGGCUGUGAGUGUCAGACAUGUUGUGACCCGCACUGUCACAUACAAACGCACACCGCUCGAUCCCCCUCCCAAAGGGAAGGGAAAGCGACGCAAGACCCAAGAAUGCAAGGAGACUUGA